AUGGCUGCUGGCAAAGUGAAAAAGGGGUCCAAGAAGGCCGCCAUCAAGGCAGAUAAGCCCUACUCUAAGAAGGAAGACAACUCCGCGGAUGAUAUCCAGCUCGGAAGCCCCGAUGCUUACCCGUUUAUCAAGAAGCUGGCUGCCAAUGACCGACCCACUCGAGACGAGACUCUCAACUCGCUCAAGCGGUUCCUGGGAACCCCCAAGGCCUUUGGUGAGCUCGAACUGCUUAAGCUGUGGAAGGGUCUGUUCUUCUCCAUGUGGUUCAGCGACCGACCUCGAACACAGCAGCGUCUGGCCGACGACAUGGCUUCUCUGCUGCUGGUUGUCCACGAGACCAACUACUUCACAUUCCUGGCUUCUUUCUGGAAGAUUAUGAGCGCCGAGUGGCUCGCGCUAGACAAGCACCGAAUCGACAAGUUUUACCUGCUGCUUAGACGGUACGUGGGCUUCGCCUUCCAGCGACUUGCCAAGGAGGACUGGGACGAGACCUGGAUCGAGCGACACAAUGAGGUGAUGAGCAAGAUCCCUCUCAACCCCGAAAACCCCAAGAUCCCCGACAGUAUUCGGUACCACGUGCUGGAAAUCUAUCUAGAAGAGCUGGCCAAGGUGGUGCUCAAGGACAAGAAGGAGGCCGAGAACGAGGAAGAGGAGGCCGAGCUGGUCAAGGAGCUGUUUGCCGACGUUCCCGUUUCCGAGCUUCUCGAGGCAGUCGAGACUCUGUCCGAGGAGACCAAAAACUCGGUCGUUCAGAAGCGAUGUGUGGAGGACGUGCUCGAGAACCCUCUGCUCAUCGAGUGGGGUGUUGCCGAGGAGCUCGAGGGCGCUGGCGAGGAGGACGAGGAGGACGAGGAGGACGAGUGGGCUGGGUUUGUUUAA